CGGCGGGAGCCCGAGAGUCGCACGGACGGACGGACGCACGGAUGGAAUUCCGGGCGGGAAUUCUGGCCGGGUUUUAUAGCCGGGAGCGGCCCCGCGGCACCUCCCCACGGCCUCGCUCCGGGAAGAUGUCGGUCUCCAUCCCCCGGCAGCCGCCGCGGAGCAGCUCGGCCGUUCGGGGCCGCUCCUUCUCGUCGCGCUCCUUCACGGCCGGCCCGGCGCUGAGGAUGAGCACGGCCCCGGCGCUCGGCCCCUACGGGGGGCUCCGCGGCGGCUCCGGGGGGCUCGGGGGGCCCUCGUGGGUGCCGGGGGCGGGCGGGGGGAUCACGGCCGUCACCAUCAACCGGAGUCUCCUGGCGCCGCUGGACGUGGCCGUGGAUCCCGAGCUGCAGGAGCUGCGCCGGGAGGAGAAGGAGCAGAUCAAGACCCUCAACGAUAAAUUCGCCGCCUUCAUCGACAAGGUGCGGUUCCUGGAGCAGCAGAACAAACUCCUGGAGACCAAGUGGGGGCUCCUGCGGGCGCAGCCCCCUCCCCGCAGCAGCCUGGGGGGGCUCCUCGAGGGCUACGCGGGGACCCUGCGGCGGCAGCUGGAGGGGCUCGGGCAGGAGCGGCAGCGGCUGCGCGCAGAGCUCGGCCACGUCCGGGGGCUCGUCGAGGAGUUCAAGGCCAAGUAUGAGGAGGAGAUCAACCACCGCACAGAGAAGGAGAACGAGUUUGUCCUGCUCAAAAAGGAUGUGGAUGAAGCCUACAUGUCCAAGGUGGAGCUGGAAUCACGCCUGGAGAGCCUCACGGACGAGAUAAACUUCCUGCGGCAGCUCUACGAGGAGGAGCUGCAGGAGCUGCGGGCGCAGGUGUCGGACACGGCCGUGGUGGUGUCCAUGGACAACAGCCGCCAGCUGGACAUGGCCGGAGUCCUGGCGGACGUGCGGGCGCAGUACGAGGACAUCGCUGGCCGCAGCCGUGCUGAGGCUGAAGGCCUCUACCAGGUCAAGUAUGAAGAGCUGAAGACGGCGGCCGGGAAGCAGGGAGACGACCUGCGCCAGACCCGGAGCCAGAUCCAGGAGCUGAACCGGCGGAUCCAGCGGAUCCAGGCAGAGAUUGAAGCUCUGAAAAAUCAGCGCUCUGGGCUGGAGGCGGCCGUGGCCGAGGCCGAGGAGCGCGGGGAGCUGGCACUGAGGGACGCCCGGGCCAAGCUGGCGGGGCUGGAGGGGGCCCUGACCCAGGCCAAGCAGGACCUGGCCCGGCAGCUCCGGGAAUACCAGGAGCUCAUGAAUGUCAAGCUGGCCCUGGACAUCGAGAUCGUGACUUAUAGGAAGCUGCUGGAGGGCGAGGAGAGCAGGCUCGAGGCUGCUGUGCAGAACCUGAGCAUCCACACCAAGCCUUCGGGGUACCUGGGUGGACUCGGGGGAGGUUUUGGGGGGGGAUUUGUGGGGGGAUUUGGGGGGGCCGUGGUCAGCUCGGGGUACUCGGUGCCGCCCCCGCCCCCCGAGAGCAUGGCCCCCCUCAAAUCCCGUGCCAUCGUCAUCAAGAAGAUCGAGACCCGUGACGGGAAACUCGUGUCCGAGUCCUCUGACGUCCUGGAAAGCUGAACCCCCUUUCCUGGGGGACCCCCCUUCCUUGGCUCGGCCAGCUGAGUGAGCCCCCCUCUCUCCCUGAAGCCUGACCUGCUGAGCCCCCCUGGGCUGCACUUUCUGGGGUGUCCCCCGUGUCCACACAAACCGAACCCCCCCUUUCCCAGGGGGGUCCUCCAUCUUCCCUGCCCUCCCAGGGUGUCCCCCUAAGUCCUGGCCAGGUGAACCCCCUUUCCUGAGAGGGGGUCCCCAUGUCCAGCCAGCUGAGCCCUCCCCCUUUCCUGGCAGUCACUCUGGGUUUUGGGGGGUCUCUCAUGUCCAGCCCAGCUGAACCCCCUUUUCUGAGGUGGGGGGAGGGUCCCCCAUGUCCUGACAUUCUGAGCCCCCCCAAGUCCCCUCUUUCCUGCCCGGGGGUCCCCCCCAAGUCCAGGCCACCUGAGCCCCCAGAGUCCCCUUUCCUGGGGGUUCCUGUCCAUGUCCUGGGGGGAUUUUAGCGGGGGUCCCCCUUGUCCAGGCCAGCUGAGCCCAUUCCCUUCCUGGGGGGGUUCCCCCAUUCCCCUGGGGGUCCCCCAUGUCCUGACCUGCUGAGUCCCCCCUUGGUGUGCUCCCCCUCCAUCCUGGCCCCCUUCCCUGGGGGUCCCCAGCUCCCGACAGGACACCAGGCACCCUCUGCUGACAACCUGAGCCAGUGCCAGUGCCAGUCUGCCCUGGGGGCUCCAACCCCCCCCGCUGUCCCCUCUCGGACUGGGGGGUGGGCACUGGGGGGUCUGGGCCUCCCCCGGGUGUUCCGCUUGCUGCUGGAAUAAAACCUU